ACGAGUUUGGGAUAGCAAAGGAUGGCAAAAUAGCCCCAGUCUGUCAUUCCCUCUCCACGCCACACGCACGGCUCCAUCCUUCUAUCUGCGCUCGCGCCGCCCGGGAGCUCGCCGUCGUCACCUCGUCGGGGCGCCCUCGUCCAGUCCGGCUCUCCCUUCGUCGCUCCGCGGCUCUGCCGGCGUCUGGGGCCCCGGUCUCCGGGCUUUGGUGGCGCCCCCCACCGGCCCACCCCAGCGGGCAGCGGCAACUGCCACUCUGCGGCUCUGCUAGGGGCAGGGAGGAGCAGUGGCGACUCUGCUAGGGACAGGGAGGAGCAGUGGCGGGCAGCGUCCUUCCUUUUGUUUGGCCCGGGGCUUCGGAAUUACCUGGAUCCGCCACUGCAUCUAAGUCCUCCUCCGCACACUCUCCACCGAUCCUCGACGCGCGCGUGAGCAACACCACCGUGGUAUCGGCGACCACGAGCGGCGCCUUUUGGAUUCGCCCGUGACUUGCUCCCACCGUGUUUGCCACUCGCCAGGAUGACGCUGUUGUUGGCCCAACAGCUACUUUCCUUCUCCUUCGCCUUUCCACCUCUCCGCGCCCUCCACCUUGGCAGCCCCCUUAAAGCCUAUCCGUCCUCCAAAUGCUUCGUCUACUCUCAUUGCCCUUCCCAAUUCCAAACCUGGUGGCCUCGAAGUCGCCCAGCCGCCCAUCCUGCGCAUAGUUUCUUUGAAGAACAAGAAAGCGAAGGCAGCGACUAUGGGGAUGAGGCGGUGGGCUGCUUGGGCGAACCUGCCACACACGGCACCUGGGAGGAUACGGAUGACGAGGGCAGCUGGUUGGGCCCGACUCGAUGCGGCGCCUCGGAGGAUGAAGACGAGGACUGUGGUGAGGAGGUGGGCCACUGGGACCCGCCUGUCAGCCGCUUUCGACCGCAGCGCGAGGAACCAUACCAAGCAGAAGAGGACGACGAUGAAGAAUGCGAGUGGUUGGACCCGACCUCCUUUUUGCGAUGCCAAGAAGUGGUAAGCGGUGUUUGCAGCACCACGGCAGCCAUGGACGAAAUCCUAGCCUUUGCGAGGUGCUCAGCUGCGGCGGGGGAACAAGGAUUCGCCGAGUUCAUGGCCGGAUACAGCCACGGGAACCUCAGCGAGGAGGAGUGCAUUGAAUUAAUGUGGAGGAUGUCCAACGAGGGGCUUGCGUUGGGCUGUGCACACCUGUUCCAGUGGCUGCGGGAGAAGCAGCCGGUGCCAGUAUCAUCAAUGGUAUGGUUGAUGGCUUUUGUUUCGCUUGGGCGUUGUGACAUGGCUGAUGUGGUCUUGGAGAUUGUGGCAAGGUUACCCUUGGAAAGGGAUUUCCGUGAGGUAGUUCUUUAUAAUGCCGCGAUAUCUGCUGUUGCCUACUGUAGGAGAUAUGAUGGUGCUUGGGAAAUUUUUGAGCUAAUGGAGAAGAACAAUGUUCAACCUGAUCACGGAACAUCCGCUAUCAUGCUUAAUAUUAUGAAGAAGAGUAAGGUAUCUGCCAAGGAUGCAUGGGAGUUUUUCAAACGUAUGAACAGAAAAGGAGUCAACUGGAGCUUUGAUGUUGGUGCAGCUUUAAUCAAUAUCUUUUGUUCUGAUGGGCUAAAAAAAGAAGCUCUAAUCAUCCAGUCAGAAAUGGAGAAGAGAGGUAUUGCAUCAAACACAAGCAUAUAUGAAACACUGAUGAAGGCAUACUGUAAAUCCAACCAAAUUGAAGAAGCUGAGGGGCUCUUUGUUGAGAUGAAAGAAAAAAGUUUGCAAGCAACAACUACAACUUACAAUAUCCUUAUGGAUGCUUACAGUAGACGAUUGCAGACAGAAGUAGUUGAAUCCUUACUUCUCGAGAUGCAAGAUUUAGGUAUAAGACCGAGUGCUAGAUCAUACAAUUGUCUCAUAAGCGCCUAUGGGCGCCAGAAGAAAAUGAGUGGAAAGGCUGAAAAUGCUUUCUUGAGGAUGAAGAGGGAUGGUAUUAAGCCAUUAUCUUCUUCAUAUAAUGCACUACUUUUUGCAUAUGCAGCUAAUGGAUUGCAUGAAAAAGCUCAUGCCAUAUACAUGGAUAUGAAAAGAGAAGGACUUAAACCUACCUUAGAAACAUAUACAGCUUUACUUGACACUCUUAGGAGAGCAGGUGACACAGAGAAGCUAAUGGAGACAUGGAAAACUAUGGUUGAUGAAAAGUUUGGUGGAACACGAGUCAUAUUCCAUAUGGUAAUUGAUUGUUUAGCAAAACAUGGGCUGUAUCUUCAGGUUAGGGAUGUUAUAUAUGAGUUUGGAAAGAUGGGCUUAAAGCCUACUGUCAUGACAUAUAAUAUUUUGAUGAAUGCUUAUGGAAGAGGUGGACAACAUUACAAAUUGCCCCAACUCCUGAAAGAGAUGACAGCCCUGGAACUCAAACCAGACUCCAUUACAUAUUGUACAAUGAUAUAUGCAUAUGCCCGUGUCCGUGACUUCUCGAGGGCCUUCUAUUACCACAAGCAGAUGGUUCGAAAUGGGCAAAUACCUGAUCCUAGGUCAUAUAAAAAGUUGUUGAAUACUUUGGAUGUGAAGGCUGCAAGAAAGAAUAUAAAGGAUAAGAGUGCCAUACAAGGAAUAAUUAAGGGCAAGUCUGGCUUAAAACCUAGGAAGGAAAAGAAAGAUGAGUUUUGGAAGAACAGAAAAAAACAGUCUAUGCUGAACCAUGGACACCAGAGAAAAGAAUUUUUGUGAAGUUUAUCUUAUGUGUACAUUAAAUUGUGUUCAAGAUUUACAUCCUGUUUCAUGGUCCCCUGGAUUUUCACUGUUGAAACGUUCAAGAUUGAGACUAAAGGGUUAUAUACAUAUGUUUUAGUUUUCUGUUCUCAGUAGCCUCAAUCUACUUUAAUGUUUUGCCUUUCAACAUGAUCAACUCUAAAAACUCAAAUAAAUGAACUUCAUCUGUUUGUUAUUCUUUA